AUGGCGACAGAAACGACCAUACCAGUCGAGAAAAACUUCGGCUUGGACGAGCAUGGAUCCCCAGAGAAGGAGAAAUCCGGCUCUGUCAGUGCUGCUGUAGACUUACACAUUGACCCUGCAGCGGAGAAACGUCUGCUUCGAAAGCUGGAUAUGUUUUUGGCGCCCAUGAUGAUUCUCUGCUUCUUGGUUGCAUACCUUGAUAGAAGUAAUAUUGGAAACGCAGCGAUCGCCGGCAUGACAGACGACUUGAACCUAAUCGGCAACCAGCUCAACGUUGCCGUGACGCUCUUCUAUGUGACCUACAUUGCGUUUGAGAUACCCGCCUCCCUCGUUCUCAAGAAAGCCCGGCCGAGUAGGCUCAUCCCAACCUUUGUUAUUGGCUGGAGCAUCGUCAUUAUCGGUUCCGCCUUUGUCAAGAAUUACGCCGGUCUCAUUGCCACGCGCCUGUUGCUCGGCGUCUUCGAGUCCGGACUCUUCCCCUGUCUGACCCUCUACCUCAGCACAUUUUACAAGAAAGAGGAACAAGCUCGCCGCAUCUCGUACCUCUUCGUCGCUGCUGCGCUUUCGGGCGCCUUUGGAGGGCUGCUCGCAUACGCGCUGACUAGUAUGCAUGGAGCUCACGGCCUGGCUGGAUGGCGGUGGCUCUUCCUCAUUGAGGGUCUCAUCUCCGCUGCGGUUGGCAUCAUGACGAUUUUUCUCUUGCCGGACCACUUUGAGACGGCCUGGUGGAUGCGUGAGGACGAAAAGGUCCUGAUGCGUGUACGCGCCGAGCAAACCAGAAUCUACGCUGGCCAGUCGGACGAAUUAGACAAGGCGGAAGUCAAGUUGGCAUUCAAGGAUCCCAAGGUCUGGUUGUCUUCGUUCUGUCAGUUCUGUGCUGAUACGUGCUCCUUUGGGUUUGGCACAUUCUUGCCCACGAUCAUCAAGGGGUUCGGAUUCGACUCUGUGCGCACACAGCUCCUCACAGCCCCUGUGUACAUCUGGGCGUCUGCUGUUUACAUUUUUAUAUCCUUCAUGUCGGACAAGAUUAACCGCCGUGCCGUCUUCAUGGUCCCUCUAGCUCUGGUAUCUGCUGCAGGUUAUUCCAUGUUGUUGGGUGUGUCCAUGUCCAACACUUGGGUCUUGUACUUUGCCACCUUUGUGACAGCUACCGGCAUUUACUGCAUUGUGGGACUGAACGUUACGUGGAUAAGUAAUAGUAACGCAGGUUACUUUAAACGGGCGACGGCGAUCGGACUCCAGCAGACCAUUGGCAACAGCGCCGGAAUCAUGGCCGGCCAAAUCUACAGACUCACAGAAGCCGAUGGGAGGUAUACCAUUGGACAUGCAAUUUCCCUCGCGACUGUGGUCUUGGCCGCGAUUGGGUACUUUGUCAUGUGGGCUGCACUCAAGAGAGCCAAUGACAAGCGCGACAACAUGAAUGCCGAGGAUCGAGCCAUGCAAAUCGAAGCUGGCAAGAGUGGUGACAGACAUCCCGACUUCCGCUAUGUGCUAUAA